AUGGCAGAGGUGGAAGCAGUACAGCUGAAGGAGGAAGGGAACCGGCAUUUCCAGCUCCAGGACUACAAGGCCGCCAUAAAGAGCUACAGCCAGGCCCUGAAGCUGACCAAGGACAAGGCCCUGCUGGCCACGCUUUAUCGGAACCGGGCAGCCUGUGGCCUGAAAACGGAGAGCUACGUCCAGGCAGCUUCAGAUGCCUCCAGAGCCAUCGACAUCAACUCCUUGGACAUCAAGGCUCUGUAUCGGCGAUGCCAGGCACUGGAGCACUUGGGGAAGCUGGACCAGGCCUUCAAGGACGUGCAGCGUUGUGCCACCCUCGAGCCACGGAACCAGAACUUCCAGGAGACGCUGAGGAGACUCAACACCAGCAUUCAGGAGAAGCUCCGAGUGCAGUUCUCCACAGACUCGAGGGUACAGAAGAUGUUUGAGAUCCUCUUGGACGAAAACAGUGAGGCUGAUAAGCAGGAAAAGGCUGCCAACAAUCUCAUUGUCCUAGGCCGUGAGGAAGCAGGGGCUGAGAAGAUCUUCCAGAACAAUGGAGUAGCCUUGCUACUGCAGCUUCUGGACACUAAGAAGCCUGAGCUGGUGCUGGCUGCAGUGCGGACCCUGUCGGGCAUGUGCAGUGGCCACCGAGCCAGGGCCACAGUAAUUCUACAUGCAAUGCGGAUAGACCGAAUCUGUAGCCUCAUGGCCGUGGAGAAUGAGGAGAUGUCUCUGGCUGUCUGCAACCUGCUCCAAGCCAUCAUUGACUCCCUGUCUGGGGAGGACAAGCGGGAGCAUCGAGGGAAGGAGGAGGCCCUGGUUCUAGACACCAAGAAGGACCUGAAGCAGAUCACCAGCCACCUGCUGGACAUGCUAGUCAGCAAGAAGGUGUCUGGCCAGGGCAGGGAUCAGGCGCUGAACCUGCUCAAUAAGAAUGUCCCCAGGAAGGACCUUGCCAUUCACGACAACUCACGUACCAUCUAUGUGGUGGAUAACGGUCUGAGGAAGAUCCUGAAGGUCGUGGGGCAGGUUCCAGAUCUGCCGUCCUGCCUGCCCCUGACUGACAACACCUGCAUGCUGGCCUCUAUCCUAAUCAACAAGCUCUAUGAUGACCUGCGCUGUGACCCAGAGCGUGAUCAUUUCCGCAAGAUCUGUGAGGAAUACAUCACGGGCAAGUUUGACCCCCAGGACAUGGACAAGAACUUGAAUGCCAUCCAGACGGUGUCAGGGAUCCUGCAGGGCCCCUUUGACCUGGGCAACCAGCUGCUGGGACUGAAAGGUGUGAUGGAGAUGAUGGUGGCACUAUGUGGCUCAGAGCGUGAGACGGACCAGCUGGUGGCCGUGGAGGCCCUCAUCCAUGCCUCCACCAAGCUCAGCCGCGCCACCUUCAUCAUCACCAACGGAGUGUCACUGCUCAAACAGAUCUACAAGACCACCAAAAAUGAGAAGAUCAAGAUCCGCACACUGGUGGGACUCUGUAAGCUCGGCUCUGCAGGCGGCACAGACUACGGUCUCAGGCAGUUUGCGGAAGGGUCGACAGAAAAACUGGCCAAACAGUGUCGCAGGUGGCUGUGCAAUAUUUCCAUCGACACCCGGACCCGGCGCUGGGCAGUGGAGGGCCUGGCCUACCUCACGCUGGACGCUGAUGUGAAGGAUGACUUUGUCCAGGACGUCCCUGCCCUGCAGGCCAUGUUUGAGCUGGCCAAGGCAAGUACCAGUGACAAGACCAUCCUGUACUCGGUGGCCACCACUCUGGUGAACUGCACCAACAGCUACGAUGUCAAGGAGGUCAUCCCAGAGCUUGUCCAGCUCGCCAAGUUCUCCAAGCAGCAUGUGCCCGAGGAACACCCCAAGGACAAGAAGGACUUUAUAGACAUGCGGGUGAAGCGGCUUCUGAAGGCGGGUGUCAUCUCUGCCCUGGCUUGCAUGGUGAAAGCAGACAGUGCCAUCCUCACUGACCAGACCAAGGAGCUGCUGGCCAGAGUAUUCCUGGCACUGUGUGACAACCCAAAGGACCGAGGCACCAUUGUGGCUCAAGGUGGUGGCAAGGCCCUGAUUCCCCUGGCUUUGGAGGGCACAGAUGUGGGCAAGGUGAAGGCAGCCCACGCUCUAGCAAAGAUCGCUGCUGUCUCCAAUCCGGACAUUGCUUUUCCUGGGGAGCGAGUGUAUGAGGUGGUGCGGCCCCUCGUAAGACUCUUGGACACACAGAGGGAUGGGCUUCAGAACUAUGAGGCUCUCCUAGGCCUCACCAACCUGUCUGGGCGGAGUGACAAACUCCGGCAGAAGAUCUUUAAGGAGAGGGCCUUGCCAGACAUCGAGAACUACAUGUUUGAGAAUCAUGAUCAACUGCGGCAGGCGGCCACCGAGUGCAUGUGCAACAUGGUUCUCCACAAGGAGGUACAGGAAAGAUUCUUGGCUGACGGGAAUGACCGGCUGAAGCUGGUGGUGCUGCUCUGUGGGGAGGAUGAUGAUAAGGUGCAGAAUGCGGCUGCAGGGGCUCUGGCCAUGCUGACAGCAGCACACAAGAAACUGUGCCUCAAGAUGACUCAAGUGACAACCCAGUGGUUGGAGAUCCUCCAGCGGCUUUGCCUGCAUGACCAGCUGUCUGUGCAACACCGGGGCCUGGUCAUCGCCUACAACCUACUGGCAGCCGAUGCUGAGCUGGCCAAGAAGCUGGUGGAGAGUGAGCUGCUGGAGAUCCUGACUGUGGUGGGCAAACAGGAGCCAGACGAGAAGAAGGCAGAAGUGGUUCAGACAGCCCGAGAAUGUCUCAUCAAGUGCAUGGAUUACGGCUUCAUUAAACCAGUGUCUUAGACGGGGACCCUCAGGGUUGCUGGGAGUGGUCCUGUACUGUGCAGAGUCCUGGGUUGUGUUCUCCUGGAGUGUCAGGUCAUCUAGGGAUCAUAGCAGUGCCAAUGAAGUCUCAAUAUAAAGGAAAGACUUGACUGUUCUCUGAGUUGUGAAUCUUCUCCUUUGUCCUGACAGAGUUUGGAUGUUUCACUCUCUCUCUUGCUUCCUGUCUCCUUACAUUUGUCAUGUUUCAGAAAUUCCCAGAAUAAUUUUCACCCAUGAUUAGAAAUAGGUUGGAUCAUUCUUUCUGUACCUUUUCUGAAGGCCAGGAUAAUAGGUUGAAGUUCUUUAUAUUUUGGAAAAUGGAUUUUGUGGUAAGGUAGGAACUAACGGGUGUGUGCAUAUAAAGGUUAAUGCUGUUGUAUUUGGAUGCUGAUCUGUGCUGUUUUCAUGUCCUCUCUCCCACACUAUUUGAAUCAGUCUGUUCAGAACUGUGUGUUUCACCUACAGUGCUCUGUCCCAGUCCCAUGCCCAUUCCCAUCAAAUUCACUGUGAUGGAAAUAGAGUUUAUGUUCAACAGUGGGACAUGACCUCUGCAAUUUUCUUGGGAAAGUCUUCCAAGCAACAUGGACAUGAUGAAUACAAAUAAGAUCAACUCAAAGUACUUCAAACAAAAAAUAAAUAAUUCAUUGGCUCAUGUAUCUUGGCCAUCCAGGGAAGGUCUGACAUUGUUAGAUCCAGAGUUUCAAAUGUCAUCACCAUGGAUGUGUCUUUUUCUGUCUCUCAUUUCCCCUCCCCAUAUCUUGUCUUUUAUUUAUUAUAGGUUGAUCUCAUUCCCUGGCAAGCUCUCUUCCUGUGAUAGGAAAGAAAGUCCCCAGCAGCCCCCUGACAUAGUUGUUGUAGUUCAUUAUGGAAGAGAAGAGAGAAGAGCAUUCUCAGUAACCCAGCAAAGUUCCCGGGGAUGACUCUGAUAUGUCUAUGUCUCAGGUCACAUUUCCAUCUAUGAACCAAUCAUAUUCAGAAGUGGAAUGCUAAUUGGCCAGGCCUGGGUCAUAUAUACAAGUCUAGGGAAGGAAGGAGCUUCAUCCCUCUCCAAUUGACAUGGAUUGAUUAGGGGUAUUAAUGGAAAAGGUGUGCCACCACAAAAGAAUGUACCCUGGGCAGAUCAAAGAACAUGUUCUGUAUGUCAGCCUUGGCCACAAAAGAAUGACACAAGUAAUAUGCCAUAGAUCAGAACCUCUCUGUUAAUAUUGCCUUUUUAGCAUGGUUAAGAUAGCUAAGAUCUAGUACUGUCACUCCGGUGUGUCCCAAUUCUACCUACGUUUAUUGAAGGGUCAACAGUUCUGAUCUCAGCAUUGGGUAAAGGGUGGGACAUUCAGAUUUAUGGUCCUUGAUAAAAACAAUUUACAACGUUCUGUUGUGUAAUAAGUGUAAGUGUACAUAUGCCUGGGACAUCAGCUGGAAAAGGGACAGACUAUCAGGAAGUUGCACUGUUGCGGUAUGGGCCAAAUCCAACAUAAUACCCGCUGUACCUCUAGAGAACUAAAACCUUAGUUUCUCGGAUCUUUUCUGCACUAAUGAUCUUUACAUACAACCUACAUGUUACCAACUCUUGCAUGGGCUUGUUUCACAGCAGGAAACUACAUUCAUCAUAUCCUUAUUAUGAUAGAGAAUGGCAACAUUCAAAAGGGUGUGGCACUUCUGAAAAUAUGUACAACACUUAUUAUCAAUAAAUGGCAUGAUCUGACCCCUGUCAAAUUCUUCUUUCCUUGUUUCCUCAUAUGUGGUCUUGAGUAGGUGCAUUUAGCUCCUUUAAAGAAAACUCUUUCACAGGUAGGGCCACACUCUUACUUAUUUUGAUCUCAUGAGGUUACAUCCGCCAGUGGCGUUCAGGGCCAGUUAGAUAAAGCUCAUUUUGUUUGGAUUGGAGAGACUUUUUUUUUUUUUUUUUUUUUUGAGACAGGGUCUUGCUCUGUAACCUAGGCUCAAGUGCAGUGCAGUGGUGCAGUCAUGGCUCACUGCAACCUUGGUCUCCUGGGCUCAAGUGAUCUUUCUACCUCAGCCUCCUGAAUAGCUGGGACUACAGGCACAUACCACCACCCCCAGGUAAUUAAAAAAAUUUUUUUUGUAGAGACAGGGUCUCACUAUGUUGCCCAGUCUGGGAGACCACAUUCUUUAACAUGAAUAUUUUGUGAAUAGUCCAAGAAGAUCUAGAGGAAAACUGAAUUCCUUCAUCUGAUUUUUGCCACUGGGCUGCCUCCCAUUGUCUGGCUAAGUCUUCAUGGGAGGCCUUUAAGAAAAGCUGUGACAAAUACCUUUGUUUCCCACUGCCUAGGUUACAUAAGUAGUUGGCUUUUCCAGCCUAGACUCUUAUAUCAUUGCUUGUAAGAGGGCCCUUCUUUGCAGAUUUCUAUUUCUUUUCAUCUAUGCUUUCAAAUAGGCAGAUGUUAGCCUGAGAUCAUCUCUUUAUUGAAGUAGUUUGCUCAAAAACAGCAAGGAACAGUCAAUACCUGCCAACUUUCUAGGUUUUUCCAACCAAUUCUCUUACAGAAAAUCUAUGAAUACCUUAGAGGUAUGUUUCUUAGUUUCCCAACAUAUAAUGGGAAAAUUCAUCAUUUUUAUUAUUACUUUUAACUGAAGUAUGUUGUUAUCAGAGAACUUGGUCUGUGUCAUAUUAAUCCUUUGCCACUUGAGAAGCAUGCAAUUUUUAAGUUUAUAUCUCCAAAAGGAUAUUUUGUAAAAAUUUAACCCCUUUGACUCUUAGUCUUCUCGUUUGUGAAAGGUAAAUAAUAAAGAAUUUCUGUUCCUAGUAA